AUGCUAUAUUUGCUGGAUUAUGGUGCUGGCAAUAUCCAGAGUCUAGCCAACUCGCUUACCAAGCUGGGCUAUACCUACGAAUGGGUUCGUGAGCCUUCCGAUAUAAGCAAGGCUGAUAAGCUUCUAUUUCCUGGCGUGGGAUCGUUUGCAAGCGCGAUGGACGCACUGCAUGCCAAGGGCUAUGUGGAGCCACUGCGUGCGUAUAUCCAGAGUGGCAAGCCCCUGAUGGGCAUCUGCGUAGGUAUGCAGGUCCUGUUUGAGGGAUCCGAUGAAUCGCCUGGUGUGCAGGGUCUGGGUAUUGUGCCUGCACGCGUCGGCCGCUUUGCCACACAAGAUGCGUUCGGUCGUAAGGCUGUACCGCACAUGGGCUGGAGCUUAGCCAAUGUUGUCGAAUGGGACGGCUGUGCUGAUCAACGCCAUGAGCUUGCGAAGAGCUAUGGUAUGCAUGAUGCAAAUCCGUCUCACUACUACUUUGUCCACUCGUACCGCGUCGCGUGGGAUGCGAAUGUCGCUGAAUGGGCGCUGACAACGACCCAGUAUGGCAACGAGAUAUUUGUUUCAUCUAUUCAGCAUGCAAAUGUAUUUGCCACCCAGUUUCAUCCUGAAAAGAGCGGUCAGGCGGGAUUGGACCUGCUGGCUGCAUGGCUGCAGCUGGAACAUGUUGAGCCUACAACUCGCGUAGGACGUCCCGUGACAUCCACCGAGCACAUGCCGACACGGCGUAUCGUGGCAUGUCUGGACGUGCGCAGCAACGACGCAGGUGAUUUGGUGGUAACGAAGGGUGAGAGCUACGACGUACGCGAGCGUGGCGAGCAGGAUGCUGGCGCCUCGCACGUGCGCAAUAUGGGCAAGCCUGUAGAGCUCGCGCAGCGGUACUACGACGAAGGUGCCGAUGAAAUCGCCUUUCUUAAUAUUACUUCAUUCCGGAACUGGGCUCUGAAUGACCAGCCAAUGUUAUCCUUGUUAAACGUUGCGGCUGCCACGAUAUUUGUGCCACUCACCGUAGGAGGUGGUAUCCGUGACUUUACCGAUCCAGAUGGCACAUUCCAUCCCGCGUUGAAGGUCGCACAUGCGUACUUCCGUGCUGGCGCCGACAAGGUAAGUAUCGGCAGCGAGGCGGUCUAUGCGGUGGAGCAAUUGCUUGCGCGUGCGAAUGAGGCGGGUGAUACGUCGGGCGAUCCAGUUGCAGCACCUGCUGCAGCACUGCGUGGCGAUACUGGUAUCGAGCAGAUUGCACAUGCAUACGGUGUACAGGCCGUGGUAGUGAGUGUGGAUCCCAAGCGCGUUUACGUUGAGAGUGCUGAAGCAGCGGGUGUGCAUGCGCCCAGCGUCGUAUCUGGUCCUGAUGAGCGGCCCGAAACGCGUGGACAGCCAGUGUCCUGGUGGUACAAAUGUACGGUCAAGGGUGGUCGUGAGGAGCGUGAUGUGGACGUGGUACAGCUCGCACGUGGUGUCGAGCGCUUAGGAGCAGGCGAGUUGCUCGUGAACAGCAUUGAUCGAGAUGGGAGCCAUGCGGGCUUUGACGUGCAGCUCGUGGACCUUGUGCGCAGCUCUGUCAGUAUUCCCGUGGUAGCGAGCAGCGGGGCCGGUUGUGCUGAUCAUUUUUGCGAAGUAUUUGCUCCUCGACCGGGGGCCCAAGGGGCGCCCAUAGAGGCGGCUUUGGCUGCCGGAAUUUUCCACCGCGAGCAAGUUUCCAUUGCCAGCGUCAAAGCUCGAUGUGCAAGCGCUGGGUAUUCUAUGCGACAUGCAUAG